UCCAUUGACAUGAUUAUUUCUUUGUAUGAGAAUAAUCUUCCAUGAGAUUUGGGGUGAUAUUGUUCUCUACGAAGUUCAUCAAGAUGAUUGAAAUGAAUGAUGGCGAAAUCCCAGCAGCUCCCAUGAGUAAUGAUGAUGUAUCCAGUCUGAUCAUACGUCUUUUUAUUUAAAUUAAGGAACAUCACGGGAUUCACAUGGCUUUCCAGUUUUUGAGCAAUAUAAAUAAAUUACGAAUUGAGUCAGCAGAUCCUACAGAAGAUGCUCCUGAAAUGCAUCAUGUGGAAGGGGCAUUUGUUGAAACAUUAUUACCAAAGGCUAAAUCUCCACCUCAAGAUGCUUUACUAAAACUGGAAACAAAGCAAACUUUCACUGAACUAUCUCAAGAGAGCUCCAUGUUUGUUUUUAAGCUGGGUUUAGUUAAACUCCAAAGCUGCCUCUUGAUGAAUGGGCUUGUUGUUGAUGCUAAUGAGAUUUCUGUCAGCAUGUCGUACAUGCUCUUACAAGAGAUAUGGGUUCUUAAGUUGGAUUCUUCAUGAUCUCCCAUGACCAUUAGCACAAGAAUGACAUAUUUAGUUUAGAAGGCAAAGUUGAUUAUUCUUUUCUUCCACUUUACAUAUGAUUGGCUACUUUUCUUCUCUUUUACUUUUGAUCCCUGGUUUUGUAACUCUCUUCCAGGUAAAUCAACCCUUUAGCCUUACUAGACUUCUGUCACUCCUAGUUUUCAAAAUUUGUAAAGUCUUAGGUCUCAUGAACGAUGAAAGGGAUGUGAUGAAUCAUUGUGUCAUUCACAUCAUGGAUGAUGCUUUAAAAUUAUAGGUUUAUUAUGGAUUGAAUGAAUUAUUAGGAAUUACAGGUGUAUUGUUUUCUUUCUUUUGG